CCCAUAUUUCGCGUCUCAAAACACGCGUAUAUUGACACGGCAAAACUUCGGGCGCGCUUUCCCGCGGACACAGAAAGUCUUCCGUACGCCAGCACUCUACAUUCAUAACGUAUCUUCGACUCUGAACCACAAUCAAAGAACAGCCAAAUAUUGUCACCGAAAAUGACCGACACCGAAGACCCGGACGAGACACCGCAACUCUCAGACUCCGCGACCAGCGAUGAUGAAUCGGGGGAGGAGCGAGUCGAGACUCUCAUCUCCGGCAGAGAGAAACGAAAGACCGCCGGCAACCGCUAUGACAGAGAGCUGAUCGCAGAAGAAGUUGCAGUCGAGGAUGAGCCUGACGAAGUCGCGCUCCUUUUCGCUGGUGAUGAGGAAGAGGAAGAUGAAGAAUUCAAGAGCAGUGAUGGAGAGGACGAUGCAGACAUGUCAUCUAGCGAUGACGAUGAUCAAGGCCCCAAUGCUGCCGUCGAUGAUAUGGAAGGUGAAAGGGAGAUAGAUAAACAGGCCAAAACUGAGCGAGCGAAGAAGCGAAAAGCGGAUCUGGCAUUGACAAGUGUUUCUGGACUGAGAAAGAAGCUUAAGACUGAUCCUACCAAGCCAGCCCCUGUUGCCGCCCCCGCCAAACCAUCCAAGAAGAAAGAUCGUGUGACAUGGGUCCACGAUCCAGACUCGGGUCGGGGUUCUCUACGGAAACAGACGAUUGCCCACCGAGCAGAAACGAUCGCCCGUCUGAAAGAAAGCGAAGCGCAGAGCAAGAAACUCAAGGCUGUAAGGGAACAGAGGGAGCGAGAACGCGCGAAGGAUGCUCCAAAAGAACUCACACAGGCUGAUCGGCUGGCGGAAGCAGCAAGAGUCGAAAGACAGAAUGCUAAGAGCCUCAAUCGCUGGGAGACAAUGGAAAAGAAGAGACAGGAAGAACAAGCAGCGAAAUUAGCCGCCUUGAAGAACAGAAAGCUACAAGGACCUUAUGUCAGUUGGUGGAGCGCAAAAGCCACCUGGGUUGGACCAAAGCUGAGCAAAAUUGGCACAAGAGAUGCUGGAAAUGUGAUCGAAGGCGGAACUGAAGGCAAGAAGCGUGGAAGGAAAUCAAAGGCAGAACAGCAAGCUGCCAGCAAAGAUAUGGAGUCUGGUGCGCCUCCAACGGUACCCGAAGGCCAAACCCUGGGCGAAAGAGCGUCAGCGACGCCUGCUACAGAAGCAAAAGAGCCUCCGCCUACGCAGGUUCAGCGAGAGGGAAAGGAAGCAGGCACGGUAUCAGGAAACGCAGAUUCGACCGUCCUCGUCCCAACAGAAACAUCCACAGGCUCAACGGGACCAUUACCGCAAUCUGCACCCGUGGACACACCAACAGAUGCACCCAAACCCACGUCAGGUACUGUGACUGAUACCGUUCGAGACGAUGCAGCGAGCACAAAGCCCACAGAAGAGAGUCAACAGCAGCCGCCCCUUGCAACUGCGCCAUCAGAGCUGGAGAAUUCCUUUUUGAAAGGGAUUCACGAGUAUGCGAGCAUGCCAGGAGACAAUGCUUCAGAGGGUGAGGCUGUUGGUUCUUCGUUACGAGACAACGACGGGCAAGAUAAGGUGCAGCCGAAGUCAGAAGUGCAACAAGUAUCGGGGACUGUGCAAGCUGAGCCAGACGAGGUGCAGACUGAACUACCAGAGAAGGAUGCAUUGUCGCACACGACGGAAUCAAUACCGACUACCAUGUCGCAGCCAAGUUUGAAGCCAUCCGCAACAGCACCCAAUCCGGAUAUUCAGAUGGAGUCAGAUGCGAGCGAUCAGGCCAGGACUGUUUCGGCUACAGCAGUGCAUCCUGCUACAACGGUGCAAGCAGAAUCGACUUCUCUCGAGCCAGAAGCAGCCAUGCAAGGUACAACCAUCAAAUCAGAGAGACAAGAAACGAAACAGGUAGAGGUGCCAGAUGUCGUAAAGAGUGAGCCAGAACCAGAGCCUGUCGUGGAAUACUCGACCAGAAAUCUGGUGCUGCUGGAGAAGUUCGAAGAGCUCUCGACCGAGUCACGCCAGGAAUAUUCUCUAUUCUACAAUCAUCGAAAGUCAUCCAAACCAGUGAAGCACAGUCAAGAGCUGUGUCCUAUCACGACACUGCCAGUUCGAUAUCGAGAUCCGUCCACCGGGAUAGGAUAUGCCAAUGUCGUUGGGUACAAGAAGCUUCACGAGCUCAAGCAGCACAAGUUUGUCUGGAGCAGUACGCUUGGGUGCUAUAUUGGCCGAGAAGGAGGAGUUGUUGCGCGCGGUGUACCAGAAGGGUUUGUGAGAAGUAAUGAUUGACAAUAAUGAACCAGAAAGAUGUGAUGUUUGAGUCACUCGGUGGUCUGAGGGUUCCCAAUAGCGGCCGCGAUCCAGAAAUCCUUAUCACAACCAUAUCCGGCGACUUUUGAACAUUCUUAGCUGUGAGAACGUUGUGGCAGCGCUGAUGAAGAUGAGGAGAUAUCUUGGAUGCCAUAAUCACCAUCUCCGUUCCAGCCAGCCAUACUGCAAGAAAAUACCACGGAUAGAUUCCAGCUGAAAGGCUGUGAGGCUGUGGUGCUGUGGUGCUGGUCAACUUGGUGAGGCUGACGAAAGCGACAAAUACAGGCCGGAAAUGCAAAUCAUGGUCUGUGUGCCUGGCCGGAAGUGGCCUUUGGUGGAUUCUUAAGCCUAGGACUUUUGGUGGGUGGCUUGAAGCUAAAGGUGCCGGGCCGC